AAGAAAAAAAAAAGGUCUAUUCAGAAGAAGAAAAAAUUCAUCCUAUCUUCUGUUGCUGAAAAAUAAUACAACUCGAAUCAAUUUGUUUUUGUUUUUGAUUGAAUUGUUACAAUACAUGGGUUUGGGUGGUAAUCUCUUGAUACUUCUUGUAGUAUUUCUGUCGAUUUUACCUCUAAUUUUUUCUUAUUCUCUUCUUACUGAUUAUUAUUAUAAUGAGAGUUACUCAACAGAGCUGAUGAAAUUAGCCAAGGAAGACAAAGAUUGGUUAACAUCAAUAAGAAGAGAAAUCCAUGAAUACCCAGAACUUGGAUUCCAAGAAUUCAAAACCAGUGCUCUUAUUAGAAGAGAACUUGAUAAAUUAGGUGUUUCUUAUGAAUACCCAUUUGCUAAAACUGGUGUUGUUGCUCAAAUUGGGUCUGGUUCUUUACCAAUUGUUGCUCUAAGAGCUGAUAUGGAUGCAAUUCCGUUACAGGAACUUGUGAAGUGGGAACAUAAGAGUAAAGUUGAUGGGAUAAUGCAUGGUUGUGGACACGAUGUUCAUGUUACAAUGCUGCUUGGAGCAGCAAAACUGCUUAAUCAAAGGAAACAUCUUCUUAAAGGAACUGUUAGGCUAAUAUUCCAACCUGCAGAGGAAGGGAGUGCAGGUGCAGCUCAAAUGAUUAAGGAUGGUGCUCUUGGUGAUGCACAAGCUAUCUUUGGGGUACAUGUCGAAUACCGGUACCCUACAGGAAGCAUGGUAGCUGUUGCUGGACCAGCAUUAGCAGCAGUGAAUGUCUUUCAUGUCAGAUUUGAAGCAAAAGGAACAAAUUCUGUGGAGAGGGUGGAUCCUGUGCUUGCUGCAUCGUUUGCGGUUUUAGCUCUACAGCAGCUCAUUUCUAGGGAAACUGAUCCCCUCUACAGCCAGGUUCUGUCAGUUACUUAUGUUCGAAGUGUUGCAACUGUGGAAUCGGAGCCUGGCGCUGUUGAGUUCGGGGGUAGUUUGAGGAGUCUUACCACAAAUGGCUUGCGCCAACUUCAGCAAAGAGUGAAGGAGGUUAUUGAAGGAGUUGCAGCUGUUCAUAGAUGCAAUGCUUUUGUAAACAUGAAUAUAGAAGGCCAUCCUCCGUACCCAGCUGUCAUAAAUGACAAGGUAUUGCAUCGGCAUGUAGAGAACGUUGGUAAGCUUUUAUUAGGUUCCGAAAAUGUCAAACCAGGAAUUCAGGUGAUGGCAGGUGAAGACUUCGCAUUUUACCAAGAAGUGAUUCCUGGUGUAAUGUUCAUGGUUGGUAUUAGAAAUGAAGAUUUGGGUGCCGUUCACUCUGUCCACAACCCUCGUUUUUUUGUUGAUGAAGAUGUUUUACCAAUUGGAGCGGCACUACACACAGCAAUCACGGAAUUAUAUCUUGCUGAGUACCAAGAUAAAGUUGAAAUGGACCAGAAAACUUGAUUGGAAGCAGUAAGAGAUUUUCUAUAAUAACUUGGCAAAACUUGUACUUCAGGUGGGUACCAACAAGCCGGCCGGCCUCUAAAUUGUUGUCCUUGUUUGUUUAAUAACGCCAUAUGUCCUCCUUACUCACGUCCAGAUUUUGGUAUUUUCCUUUUUCUCUUGUCCUAUUUUGAUACAUAAACCUCAUCAAUUGCUUUGUU